GCAGAAGUUUGUUGACACAUUAGAUCUGAACAUGUGGAGAGUUCUGCUUAUACUGUUUGUGUUUGUGGUUCCUAUAUGGAAUUUGACAGAAGUACAUAAUGUUGAUGUGGUGGCACAAUCAGAGACUGAGUUAACACUGAAAUGGUUUUCUAACUCCAGUAAUCUCUAUAUCCUGAGAGACAGUUACAGAAGGGAAAAUAACAUAUCUGCUCCAUAUCAGGGUCUUGUUAGGCACACAGUUUCAUCUCUCUCUCCUGGAACUAAAUACACUUUCACUCUCUACACUGUGUUUGAAGACGUGAGGAGCAAUGGAUACAAUUUCUCUGCAGUUACCACUCCAUUGAAUGUUGAUAGUGUAAUUGUAUCACAUCAAGAUGAUACAAACAUAGCUCUGUUUUGGUUCCAUGUAAAUAAUGACCCACAAUAUGAUUAUAUUCUACAAUAUGGAGACACUGAAACUUUCAUCAAAGGAUAUUAUGAGCGACGGCCUUUAUUGAUAUAUACAGUUUCAUCACUCUUCCCUGGAACUACGUACACCUUCACUAUCUACACUGUGUUUGAAGACGUGAGGAGCAGUGGAUACCGUUUCUCAGCCACAACAACUCCAUCAAGUGUCUUUGGGCUUUACUGUGUCAUUGCAAUAUCUGUGCUGGGUGCUCUGUUUAUAAUCGUUCUGUCUGUUUGUCUUGGUUUUUUCUGCCAGUUCAUGAAACUUGGCCUCAGAAGAAGUUCUUCAGAAGAAUCGAGGAAAGUAAGUAAUGACCAGCCAACGGUGAUCUAUGUGAAUGCAUGCAGUCACAACACACAAGGAAGUAACAAUCCAAGUCUUCAAUCAGAAUGUAAAGAAAUAAAGACAAAUGACUUGGAGAAUCAUCAAUAUGAGACCCCAGAUAUGAUAAUGCCUGAAAGCACUGCUGAUAUGAGUUUCAGUCAGCCCUCAGUUUAGUACUUAUGUUUAUGAGAAUAGGUAGAGAAGAGGCCAAGUAACACCGUUGAGCAAAUCAAAUAAUCUACAGUAAAUACCACCUAAUCACAACAAUAUUAUGUUAUGUUCCCUCUUUAUUUUUUAAUUAAGCACAUUUCUGGCAGCUUAUGGAUGAUCAACACCAACACUUUUCCCGUUUCUAUGCACCUUACUUAUUUGCCUUUCUGCUUGCAAAAGAAUGCAGACUAUUAGAGUUUAAGACAUACAAUGGCAAUAAUAAAAUAGCUAAUAGAUCAGUGAAUAGAAAUGAAAUAUGAUUAUAAUUGCAUGUAAUGUAACAGUCAUGUAAUUGUUUACUUCAAUAAA